CCGCGCGUCAAUUUAAAGCCAACCAGGCGGUGGGUGGAGGAAACAGCAGAGCAGCCGAGCGGAACUCCAACCAGCAGAUCAGGCGUCAGCGAUGGCGUCGGGCGAUGACCUCACCGCGGCGGCCGAGAACGGCACCGCCUCGCUGGCCCCCUCCCUUAGGAUCUACGCUGGCGCCGACUCCUUCGGAUGCGCGCUCAAGGACGCCCUUGUUUCCCACCUCCGCUCCCUCCCCGGCAUCGACAUCAUCGACCUCGGCACCGACAAGUACUACUCCAUCGCCGAGCGCAUCGGCCGCCAAGUCAGCUCCGCCGCCACCGCCGCCGGCGACCAGCCGGAGACCCGUGGUCUCCUGGCCUGCGGCACCGGCGUGGGCGUAUCCAUCUUCGCGAACAAGUUCCCCCGAGUGUACGCCACCACCUGCUCCUCCGUCGGCGACGCCGUCAACACCCGCUCCAUCAACGCCUGCAACGUCCUCUCCGUCUCCGGCAUGUUCACCGCCCCCACCGACGCCGUCAAGAUCCUCGACGCCUGGCUCCACACCCCCUUCAAGUCCCCCUGCCCGGCCUCCGGCGACGCCCCCUGGCCGGAGGACCUCCAGUCCUUCUUCGACCAGUCCGUAGCCGAGAUGGCCGCCAUCCCCGCAGCCGCGGGGGGCUGCGCGAUCUGCGUCCUGAGGAAAGGGAUGGAGUUCGAGCCGGUGGGAAUCAUGCCGGGAGGGGAGAUGAGGAUUGUGAGGGAGAGCCCCACGUCGGCCUACGUCCGGUUCAAGGCCGGGAGCGUGGAGCCGGCCCACCACCACACCUUCGGCCACAACCUGGUCGUCAUCAAGGGGAAGAAGAAGGUCUGGAAUCUGACCAAGAAGGAGAGCUACGAGCUGGAGGAUGGAGAUUUUCUGUUCACCCCGGCGGGGGAUGUGCGCAGAGUCAAGUACUUGGAAGACACCGAGUUCUUCAUCAGGUGGGAUGGGAAGUGGGACAUCUUCCUGGAUGAGGACCUGGCUGCUGCUGCUGAUGCCAUCAACAAGGACAUGGGGACUGCCAGUUGAUUCAGAUGCUUCAGUGUUUCGCCUACUUACUGCUAUAUGGUGGUGGUUGUCUUUCUGUUAAAAGUGCUGUUCUUGUACUGCUCCGAAUCAUGCUCGUAGUGACUCUGAUGUCCUCAGUUGCUUGAGGUCUGUUGGCUGAUGACUUGUGCGAGCUUUGUUAGAUAAGAAAUAAGUGAUAUUUUCUAAUAUUUGUGAAUAUAAGGCUUGAUGGUUUCUUUCCCCUGGUUCAAGA